CCGGUGUCAUGGCAGCCUCCACAUCGGGCUCAUCUUGGGGGCUGCUGCGACUCGGGGUCUCCGGCCUUUGUCACUGCGGGUCGCCCCGGGGCUUGCUCGCGCGCAUGUGGCAUCUCCCGGGGCCCGCGGUGUCCGAACGGAGGGUGUCUGCGGCCAACAGGCCAGGAGUCUCGGGCACUGACCUCUACUGUCUGGAGCUGCUGCGGAAACGAGAUUAUGAAGGCUAUUUAUGCUCCCUGCUGCUACCUGCAGGAUCUAGAAGCUCGGCUUUUGCACUGAGGGCCUUCAACGUGGAACUGGCUCAGGUUAAGGACUUGGUCUCUGAGAAAGCAAUUGGACUGAUGCGAAUGCAGUUUUGGAAAAAAACUGUGGAAGAUAUAUACCGUGACAACCCACCACAUCAGCCAGUGGCCAUUGAACUAUGGAAGGCUAUCAAAAGACAUAAUCUGACUAAAAGAUGGCUUCUGAAAAUCAUUGAUGAAAGAGAAAGAAAUUUGGAUGACAGAGCAUAUCGGAAUAUCCAGGAACUGGAAACUUAUGCUGAAAACACACAGAGCUCUCUUCUUUAUUUAACAUUAGAAAUAUUGGGUAUAAAGGAUCUUCAUGCAGAUCAUGCCGCAAGUCACAUUGGAAAAGCACAAGGCAUUGUCACUUGCUUGAGAGCAACUCCCUAUCAUGGUAGCAGAAGAAAAGUGUUCCUUCCCAUGGAUAUUUGUAUGCUGCAUAGUGUUUCACAAGAGGAUUUUAUACGGAAGAACCAGGAUAAAAAUGUAAGAGAUGUAAUAUAUGACAUUGCCAGCCAGGCACACUUGCAUCUAAAGCAUGCUAGGUCCUUCCACAAAAGAGUUCCUGUGAAAGCAUUUCCUGCUUUUCUUCAGACGGUUGCUCUAGAGGACUAUUUAAGGAAAAUUCAACGAGUGGAUUUUGAUGUAUUCCACCCAACUUUACAGCAGAAGAAUACAUUGCUUCCGUUAUAUUUAUAUAUUCAAUCAUGGAGAAAACGAUAUUAAAAUAAUUUUAUGGCGCUUGAUAUUAAUUUAAUUUAUUUAGUUUUACAGAAGUACAUUGGUUAGGGUUCUUGUUUACAAAUAAGAACUGAUUCUGUUUACUUGAGAAAAUGAAUUUAUUGACUGGGUGUCCGGUAGUUCACAGAAUUGAUGAGAAGUUGCUUAGGGUGCCAAGACUGCCAAGAUUCUGCCAUUGGCACCACCAGCCCAGAUCCUGUCUCCUAUGCUGUCACUGUGAAGUCAGAGCCCAAGGAGGGAGCAUCAGGUUAGCUGUGCUUAGGCUGCAGGCCAUGCUUCUGCCACCAGAGGGCAGGGAGAGAAAAUGUCUUCCUCUUUUCCUCACCCCUGGGAAUGUGAGGGAGAGGGCUCAGAUAGCACAGGAGGUUUGCAUGCUGAGCAGCCAGAACUCUAGUGUCUAGUUUUUACAGCUGGAAAAAAUGUUACCAAGGGUGGAGGUAACAUUUGAGGCAUGUCAGUCAUUGUAUUGAGGGCUUUAUAUCCUUUAAUCUUUACCACUCUGAAAAAAUUUAUCGAUGAUGAUAAAAUAACUUAUUUAAGGUUAGGCAGCUGGCUGGUAACAGCUGGAGCCCUAAUUUGACUUUAGGUCUGGUUGGUUCCAAAACUUUUCUUCUUUCUGUUAACUCCUGUUUCACUAUCUGCCAUUCAGCAUUAUGAUCAUGAAGCAAUAAAAUAGAACAUUCAUUCAGGGCUACUUCAUUUUUAUAAACUAAUAUAUAUUGAACUUCUCAAUGAUAAACACUUUCAUAAAUAUUUGGUCUUCUCAAAAAGCCUAUGAUAUAAGGAACUUUUUUGGGAAUUAAAAUUUUAAAUUAUAAAAUGUAUACUCAUGAAGAAACAAAAUAGGUUACAUUGCUGGUAAUUGGCAGAUCUGGAAUGUGAAUGAAUCUCUGACUCCCAAGACCAGGAUUUUGCCACAGUUUCCUCUUUCUUGUCUUUUCAGUGGUCUUGUAUCCUAUCCCACUAACACCUCUGGUGUACUUAUUCACGUAUUCUCUAUCCUGUUUCUCUGAGUCUGCAGUCUCAGGUAUGAAUUAGUGUCUACUUAAAUUGGGAGUUGUUGAUAGCAUAAAAUAAUUACAUCUUUAUAAAUAAAACUCAACUAAAGCUGCUUGAGGGCAAGAAUAUAUUAUUUCAUUCAUUUUGGUAUCUCCCAACACCUUGAACAGUUUCUGAUUUAAAGCAAGUGGAAAUUAAUAAAGGUAUAAUUGAAUGAAUGUACAAUGUGGUUGUGUAUGUUAGUGUACUCUGUUAGUUGAUACUGGUGCUGAAAAAAUAUCCUCUGGUUUAAUUCUGUGGCUUUAGAGAGCCAUUUAGCUUAUCUUAAAGACAAGUACAAGGAAAUUGAAUGUGUUUCCUCUUGGGAUUCUGAAUGAUCCAGAGUCAAAGAGUUCAUUAGAGAUAGGUCUUUUUUGAGUGAACAUUCCUGUUAAAUUUGGCAGCAAUCAGCUGCUAAGCAUCUUACUUCCUCUUUAAGGUCUUAACACUGAACUGGAUUAUUGUAUUCAGAAGCCAAUUUACUAUUAAGCAGAUAACUUCAAAAUAAUUUUAAAGCUGUUUUAAAUUUGAUGCUUGAAGAUUUGGGUGAACUAAAGUUACCAGCUUCCUAGAGAUGUUAAGAUGGGGUCAUAUUCAUUGACAUUUACUGCAAUAUUAAGUUCCUCAUAUAAAAGAUACUUCUUAGGUGGUGCUAACAUUCUUUUUCAUUUUUCAAAUCUCUGUUCUUAUAUUAGAGUAUUUUUAAGGAGUCAGUUACAUUUUUCUAGCCAUUUAAGAUGUUCUGAUACUGAAUAAGUGGAGAGUGACAGAUAACAAAUAUUAAGUAUAAAUUACAGAUUAAUUGCAAUGUAAAUUAAGUUAUAUAUCAUUAGAAAAUAAGUUUUGGGUAGUUAUCAAUCAAUUGACAAUAUUUUUGGUAUUAAAUUAUUCUUGAGAAAUUAAAUUGUUUUGAGAAAUCUAAUAGUGUUUAUGGAACACUAUUUUGGACAGGUGGCUUUUUCAUGCACUGAUCUUCACAGUGAAAUAGUUCUUUAUUUUCCAAAGAUAAAACCACCUUGUGCCAGUUCGAUGUAUUAUGUCCCCCAGAAUGCCAUUAUCUUUGAUGCAGUCUUGUGUGGGCAGAUGGAUUAGUGUUGAUUA